AUGCGUACGAGCGCAUCAAGGCCGAUGUUCCUGUUUGGCGUCAACCCUGUUGGUGAAAGUGCCUCCUCUAUUUGGACGCACAACACCAAGCUCCACAUAAACGAAAUCGAGCCGAUGGGUACGGGAGGUGGCGGUGGCACAGCUGGUGGCACAACGGGAACGACCGGCCAGGCAAACACUCGUCAAGUUGCCAAUCAGUCUCGGCAGGUUACGGCUAUGCAAACGCAACAGAAGGUACGAACGAACGAGGAGAUUCUGACAAGGAUUAUUGCGCAGCACAAUCAGCUCCAGCAGCUCAUUGCGCAGGAAGGUAGGACCCGCGACAGUUCCGCUGCUGCUUUGAGAGGUUGGUUGGAGACUUGUCUUGGCGCGGAGCUGACGAAACUCAAUGGAAAUAUUUGCAGGAUUGCUGUUCAGCCUUCAAGGAUGGCAACACCUGAUCAGGUAGAUGGUAAUCUUUUUAGUAAUGGGUUGACUGUGGAAAGGAAUCGCCGGAAUGGCCAGACUAGCCUCAGGUACAGACAAGCUGUGGCCACCACCCCGGCUGAUAGUAGGCCUGCCAAACUAGCCAAGUACAGAACUGUUGGCUCUGCUUGGGAAGAGUGGAUGCAUGUUAUUGGUGGCAACAAGCCAGCCAAGAACUUCAUUGCUGAUGAUAUCAGGGCUUGCAAGUCAACCUACUCCAGGAGGAAGCCACUCUGGACUCUCAUGGCUACACUUGUCAAUGCUCAGAAAGCUCCAGCUUGGGUCAUCUCCAAGAUUGAGGAGCAUUACAAAGGAAGUGUUUUAAAUAUUACUGCUGCCAUCAAGCAGGACACCAUUAUGGGCAGUCUGCAUGAGGAUCUUUGUAUUGUUCGUGCUCAGUAA